UCCCAAGGAAGGUGGCUGCUCUGUCUGAGCCAUUCUCACUCACCAUUUUAAUUUUCUCGGCUUGCCAAAAUGGAUCGCAAAAGUGGCAGAAGCCUAGAUAAAGUAUUCAGCGAACUCAUACACGAGGCAAAUCUUUGGGCUUGUGAUCGAAGUGAAAGUUCAACAGUGAAGACAAUGCCGCAAGUAAAUGGACGGCUUGAGGACAAAGACGACACGAAUAUCGACAUGUGCUUGGAGCAGCUAGCUCGGGCGAUAUCAGCACAUGUUACGGACAUUCUUAUGGAGCGACUGGGUUUAGAAGAGAGAAGCCAACAAAGAGCCGAUGUGUCCACGGCAAUGGAUUUGAGCACAGUGUCCACAAUAGAAGAACCUCCUCAUCAAGAACGACCAAGGAAUCUAAUGGUUAAGCCAAGCACGUCACGAUCAAUGCCGAACACAGCGCGAUCCUUGCCACAGAGUCCCACGCCUAGUCGUCGUAGAUCCCAAACAUAUCGAAGAGGAAACGAAUUUAACCAAAGUUCUCGACAUGUCGACUCGGCCGAACGAAUGAGCAGCACUACGACUACACGAAAGGGCGGCUCCAUGAUGCGUUACCACAGCGAAAAUCGUCUAAAUCGAAUCGAACCGCCUCCAGGCAUCAACGAAACUCCGCUCGAAAACCGAGCAAGCCGACUGCGAAGGGCUAGCAUUGGCAAAAAGCUGAAUGCCGUCAGAGAUCGAUCCCUUCAACGAUUUUAAAGUGCCAACUGCUGAAGUAAGAUACGUAGUCGACGAGUAAUUGAAUUAUAUGUGAUGCAAAGCACGAGAAAAAGUAUUUGUGUGAAUUCUGAUCUCAUUUGAUUAGUCUGGUAAUAGUUUAACUAACACUUACUCCAUAAUUGCUGGUACAGGUAGAAAUAAAUCGUAUGAAUUUU